GUUUUGACCACCAGAGGGCGACAGCGUUCCGUGUGUGACUCCUUCUCAGCGGGGGAACCUUUGCUCAGUGACGACGGACGUUUGAUUGAAGCGGACCAACAUGGCCGCGCUGAGGAGGAUAACAAGUGUCUUCCGUCUUCUCAGGAGUUCAGCUUGUGUCCUGUUCAGCAGCAGAAAAGCUGCAGUUCAUAAAGCGGGCAGAUGGAGCACUAUUGUGUCCACAGGAUGUUUAAGUGUGGGCGGAGGGCUCUGCGCUACACCUUUCAGACAGGUGGAGAACCUCUCUCAUGACUCUCUGAUCAGACGAGCAGCCUCUCUGGUUACAGACAGCUCGAGCACCUUUCUCUCUCAGACCACUUUGGCUCUCAUAGAUGCCAUCACAGAGUACUCAAAGGCUGUGCACACACUAAUUGCCCUCCAAAAGCGGUAUUUGGAAUCACUGGGAAAACUGACUGCAGCAGAAGAGAGUACCAUCUGGCAGGUGAUCAUUGGCCAGCGUUCAGAGGUUAGUGACAGACAGGAUGAAUGCAAGCGUUUUGAGUCAACCUGGGUCAACGCAGUCAAGCUGUGUGAAACGGCAGCUGAAGCAGCAUACACCUCAGGAGCUGAACAUGCGUCCAUCACAGUGAGGACGAACCUUCAGGUGGCCCUGUCGCAGGUGGAGGAGGCACAGAAACUGUCGAUGGAUACUGAUAAGAAGUUGGCCGAGUCCAAAGUAAUUGAGGUUGAAAGGAUGGCACAAUAUGUUGCCUCCUUACAUAGUAACAGUGAUGAGGAAGAGGUGCCUGAGGCUUAUCUAAGAGAAGACUAAAACAAUAAAACAAACACUCAGAGGUAUCACAAAACAGAAGAAAGCAUAAAAACUGUUUAUUUGCUUUCAGAGUAAACAAUACAUUUGUAUCAUCCUUACAAUGUCUUCUCUCUUUUUGAGUCUUUAACAUGUUUGGCUGUGACUUGUCAUGGAGAUUGUGCUCUAAUGUAUCUGUUUACAUCUGCACAUAAUCUGCAAUGCUGAAAAAGUGAAUCGCACAAAAUGAGGACAUCUCCAUAAUUCAGUACUUUCUUUUAAGUGUUUGGCCAUUCAAGACUAUUUAUUUGAAUAAUUAAUCAGCUGCUUCUGCAGCAUAGAUUAUGUUUCCGAUUAAUUCUUAAUUGUAUUGUGACUCGACCAGCAUCUGAUUUUUGUGUUAUAUUUUGUCCAAAUGCAUUGUAAUAAAGGCAAGACACAGCAUAAAAACUAUUUAAUGUAGCAAUGUACCAUUUCAUUUCAUGUGUUUACUAGAUGAAUAUUUAGUCUACUGAAGUGACAACACAUUUAACCAGCACUGAAAAUGGAGGAUAAACAAUGUGUCCACUUCAUAUGGUUGCCAAAGAAUGAGAGUUGUUGUUCUGACUUAACUGUUGGUGUGAUACGGAUGUUACACAUGAGGUGUCUCUAUGUAAACAGAAUGUCCCCUGUGGUCAUCUUGCGAAAUAUUCUGUUUGCUAAAGUGACCAGAAGCCACUUCGUAAACACCGUAAAACCCAGAGACUACACACAGUUGGCUGACUGAUACUGUCUUUGUGAAAUUCGACCAAUCAGCUUGUGGCACCGCAUUUUGUACACGUUACUCUGAAAUAACGCAUGAAUAUUCCAACCACACAAAUUUCAAUUUACAAAUUGCCAACUGACUCCCACCUUUGAGAACAUCUUUAAGGUAGUGCUGCUUUACUUGUUAUUUGUGUCUCUCUUUUUCACUCAACAACUCCCCCUCCUCUGCAAAUUACCCAUGUCCUGCCUCUCCUGUAGAGCUUUUAGGCCGUUUCUCAACUACCCCCACCUGUCAUCACUUCAUCUACAGCAUCACCUCUUUCCACACUGUCACAGAACAGGAAACAAACCAGUCUACCUGUGGUCAAAAAAAUAAAUGGUUGA